UUGAGGAAAUAGUAACAUUUAUCAAGCUGGGAAAGACUAAAGGGAGCAUAUUUGUGAUGAGAAGGUUAUCAAAAUUUCUAUUCUGGGUAUGGUAUUGUUGAGAUGCUUCCUAGGUAUCCAAGUGAGGAUGUCAAUAAAGCAGUUGUUUGUAGGAGUGUGGAGAUCAAGAAAAAGACUAGGUAUGAAGCUAUAAAUUAGUGACAGUAUAGAAGAUAAUUAAAGCUAUAUGGCCAGAUGAGAUCACUUAGGAAGUCGAGUGUGAGAACAGAAGGCCUAAAACUUUCCAACAUUAAGAGGUCAGCAAUAAGGAACAGAACCAGCAAAGGAGACUUGAAGGAAUAUCUAGUAAGGCAAGGAGAAAACAAGGAAGGCUUAGUGUCCUGAAAUAGAAGUGAAGAGGCGCUUCAAGGAGGACGUGAUCUCAUGAUGAAUGCUGCUGUACUGAGCGAAAAGUGGUUCCUGAGGAAGUCUCCUUAAUUUUUCCAAGAAGGUUUCUGCGGCACUGAAACAAGGCCAAAUUACUCCAACCGAGCUCUGUCAAAAAUGUCUCUCCCUUAUCAAGAAGACCAAGUUUCUAAAUGCGUACAUUACUGUAUCAGAAGAGGUGGCCUUAAAGCAAGCUGAAGAAUCAGAGAAAAGAUAUAAGAAAGGUCACUCACUUGGGGAUUUAGAUGGAAUUCCUGUUGCGAUAAAAGACAACUUUAGUACAUCAGGCAUUGAGACAACAUGUGCAUCAAACAUGCUGAAAGGUUAUGUUCCACCUUAUAAUGCUACAGUAGUUCAGAAAUUGUUGGAUCAGGGAGCUCUACUCAUAGGAAAAACAAACUUAGAUGAGUUUGCUAUGGGAAGUGGAAGCACAGAUGGUGUAUUCGGACCAGUUAAAAACCCCUGGAAUUAUUCAAAACAAUAUAGAGAAAAGAGAAAGCAGAAGCCCCAUGGUGAGAAUGAGGAUUCAAAUUGGCUUAUAACUGGAGGAAGCUCAGGAGGGAGUGCAGCAGCUGUAUCAGCGUUCACAUGCUUUGCGGCUUUAGGAUCAGAUACAGGAGGAUCGACAAGAAAUCCAGCUGCCAACUGUGGGGUUGUUGGUUUAAAACCAAGCUAUGGCUUAGUUUCUCGUCAUGGUCUCAUCCCCCUGGUGAAUUCAAUGGAUGUGCCAGGAAUCUUAACCAGAUGUGUGGAUGAUGCAGCAAUUGUGUUGGGUAUACUGGCUGGGCAUGACCCCAAAGAUUCUACCUCAGUACAAGAUCCUGUUAAACCAUUUAUGCUUCCCAAUUUGACAGAUUUGAGCAAAUUAUGUAUAGGAAUCCCAAAGGAAUAUCUUGUACCAGAAUUAUCAAGUGAAGUACAAUCUCUUUGGUUCAAAGCUGCUAACCUCUUUGAGUCCGGGGGGGCCAAAGUAAUUGAAGUGUCCCUGCCCCACACCAGUUAUUCAAUUGUCUGCUACCAAGUAUUGUGUACAUCGGAAGUGGCUUCGAACAUGGCAAGAUUUGACGGGCUGGAAUAUGGUUAUAGGUGUGACAUUGAUGUGUCUACUGAAGCCAUGUAUGCUGCAACCAGACGAGAGGGGUUUAAUGAUGUGGUGAAAGGAAGAAUUCUCGCAGGAAACUUCUUCUUAUUAAAAGAAAACUAUGAGAAUUAUUUCAUCAAAGCACAGAAAGUGAGGCGACUCAUUGCUAAUGAUUUUGUGAAUGUUUUUAACUCUGGAGUGCAUGUCUUGCUAACUCCCACUAUCUUGAGUGAGGCAGUACCAUAUGUAGAGUUCAUCAAAGAAGACAACAGGACACGAAGCGCCCAGAAUGAUAUUUUUACACAGGCUGUAAAUAUGGCAGGAUUGCCAGCAGUGAGUGUCCCUAUGGCCCUCUCAGACCAAGGGUUGCCAAUAGGACUGCAGUUUAUUGGACGCGCAUUUUGUGACCAGCAGCUUCUUACAGUUGCAAAAUGGUUUGAAAAACAAGUGCAAUUUCCCGUUACUCAACUUCAAGAACUAAUAGAUGAUCAUCAAUCUUUCAAAAUGAAAAGUUAGCUUCUGUUUCUCUAAAAUAGUAAUAAAUAUGUAAAAUAAAAUGA